AUGCACGCUGUUUCCCAGCCACCAUCAUCAACACUUCGACAUCAACAUUUCCGAUUCACGCCCGUUCCGAUUCUCCGUUUCUGCUCAUCUCCGUCGUUUAAAGCUCUGUCUCAAUUCGAACUCAGUUCUUCUUCUUCUCUCUUCUCUCUUUCGGGUGCUUCUCUGCCUUCCCCGUCUCCGCCUGGAGCUACCGGGCUUACUAUUUAUUUGGCCGGUGGUCAGGGGCAGGUUGUUAGUGGCGCUAUGGCGGGUUCUUUGGUUGCUUAUGGACCUGUGAUGGUUAUUGCAGCUACUUUUUCUAAUGCUACUUAUGAGAGGCUGCCAUUGGAAGAUGAACAAGGUGGUGAUCAAGAGGAAAUGCAAGUUCAACAACAAUCUGGUGUGGAUUCAGAAACUGUUGCAGCAGCUGAAGUUGGUUCUUCUCAAGGUUUGGAAUUCACGAAACAAUAUCAUCAUCAUCAACAACAACAGGUUUCAAUGCCUAUGUAUAACCUUCCACCAAAUCUUAUGCAUAAUGGUAAUCAAAUGGCUCAUGAUGUGUUUUGGGGUCCUCCACCACCUCGUCCUCCUCCUCCUUUCCGAGAAAGGAGAGGUAGCAAGCUUAUUGUUAAUGGUGUUUAA